UGACCACCGUUAGUUUGCAAACAGAUUACAAUACUCAAGACACGAACCUCGUCGCACUUCACAAAAAGAACGAUGAGUACCGCCGCAGUCCAUCAAGAUCGGCCUUUCAGCAGGUCAGUCAGGAAGAUCAAGGUGGCUUCGAUGGUCACCAGCCUUGCCAAAAGCUGGCAAAGCUGGGCCAACGACCACACCGAUAAGCAAGACACAAUCCCAAGUGGCUGGAUGCCCGACACCAUCAUUGAGGACGAGAAAGAGAAGCAGAAGAAGAGGAGCGAGAUGAAGCUUUUGGUCACACCUCGCGUGGUAUCGGUCAACAGUGAAGACAGGACGGACAAGAUCAAGACAAGAACCGUAACGAAAGCCAUCGCACCGAAUGUUAGCGAAUGUGGAAAAGAUGUAGUUAGCACCAUCAAAGAGAAGAUCAACACCAAUCAGCUGACAUCAGAGGACAACAAAAACUUCCUAGGCAAUGAGUCUCCAACUAGGAGACGCCACUGUGGAUGGAAAGCGGCGGUUUCAAAGGUGCUGGCACAAAAGGAAGUCAAGAAAUUGGGAUCUAGAGACAGCAGCGUGGAUACGGAGGACAGCGGUCUUGGGGAAGAAGCGUCUUCGAGCGAUAAUAGUGAUCAACAUGAGAAUCAACCAAAGAAACACAUCAGCAGACCUAAGAUUAAAGUGACCACAAUGAACGACCUGAGAAACAGAUGGCAACAGUUUGCAGAAAACCACAUCGAAGGUCAGAAGAUCAAUCCUUUCAGCGAAGAUUUUGACUACGACCACGCCAUGUCGCUUCGACUCCACAAGGGCGACGCGGGAUACGGGAAGCCCAAAGAUGGAUCUAAAACCGCCCAACGAGCCGAUCGAGCCCAGAAACACAUCCAUCGCGAGAUGGAGGAGAUGUGCUUUAUCAUACGCGACAUGGGAAAACGGGAUAAGGAGGGCCGCAUAAGGAUCACAUUCGGCCGUCUGUUCGACCGCUAUGUUAAAAUCUCAGAUAAAGUCGUUGGAAUUUUGUUGCGCUGUCGCAAACACAAGAUGGUGGAAUUUGAGGGAGAGAUGCUGUGGAAGGGCCAGGAUGAUGAUGUCAUCAUCACUCUUUUGGUUUAAUGCUGAACUUAAAAACUUUUUUACUCUCAAUUAUAUUUAUUUGGCAAUACGGAAUGCUAAUAGAUCAUAGUAUGGCUUAGUUGCCAAUAACAAGAAAAUACUAAGAGUAAUGCUUUUCUAUACUAGUACACUGUAAAAAAAAUCCGUAAAAAAUUGCAGCUGGGUUGCCGGUAAUUUACCGUAGAUUUAAAUUUAUGUUAUUUACUGGUAACAUUUUGUUCAAAGUUAAAUGAACAUUAAACAUUAACAGGUCUUUGUUUUUACAGAAUAAAACUAGAAAAACAGCAUCAAGCAAAACAUUCUGGGGGAAAAAAUCUGAAGCAAAAAACAGAAAAAGGUUGAUGAUGAUUUCUGGUUCCCAGAAUGCUUUGGAUGAGGCUGUUAUUGUAUAGUUUUAUUCUGUAAAGAUAAAGACUUGUUAAUAUUUAAAAUUUAUUUAACUUUGAACAAACUCUUGCCAGUAAAUAACAUAAAUUUAAAUCUACGGUAAAUUACCGGCAACCCAGCUGAUAUAACAUUGUAAUUUCUACGGAAUUUUUUUACAGUGUACCCUUACGAAAAUGAACCAAUUUUUGUGUAUUUUUUAACCACUGGCAAAACCACACUGUAAAAAAGGUUAUCAUAUCAAAAACAGUUUUUGUUUUACUUUAACUUAACAAAUUUAGUUAAAUAAUUGUAAGUUAUGUCAUCAAAAUACUAUAGUCAAAAACAUAAAAUAGUAGGUUUAGUGGACUUCAAUAACCAAUUUGAUUAAACUUGCAUUACAUUUUUUUUUACAUUGCACUACAGUAAACAUGUUUGUUUUUUUAAAUAUAGUAAAGCCAUUUCAUUUCAAAGCCUAGUUCAUUUUCGUAGGGGUAGUAAUUAUUUUCUUCUAAAGGUUCUUCAUGGAACCAAACAGCCAAUAAGGACCAUUUUAGGAACCUUUAUUUUUAAAAUGGCAAUACUGAAUAUGAUGUGAAUAGAUUGCUUGCUCUUGAAAGUCUCAAUAUCUAAAACCGUCAUAGCUGGAAGGUCUAUUUAUAACAUUUUUGGAAGUUUGAAACCAUAGACCCUUGAGAAGGUCCCAGAAAACUCCCAGAAGUUAACAUAUGAUCUUCUGUGUUCUUUCUGGUACGUGAUAUAUUUUAAAAGUGGCGUCUGUGGAGUUUUAGUGGUUAGGGGCUUCACGUGGUGGAUGAGUGACUCUUUAUUCACAGUUUACACAAGAAGAUUGAGCGUCUCUUGUUUGUCUCUUCGCACGUCAAAUAUCAGGCAUCCUCAGAAUGCCAAUGAUGUCCAGACUGGAUUCACAAAUAAUCUCACAUUGCUUGUAAUUCUUUCAUCGCAUUUCGAUACAAAUCAGUUUGCAGAUGUGAGAAUCGUUAGAAUCUCUAUUCUUUUCCUCCUGAACGUUUUAAACAUAUUUAUUAUUGUUUAUUGUCUAGUUCAGUGUUGUUUGAUGUAAUUACCUCUUUCAAAAUGAAAGCAUGAUAGUCUUCUUACAGAAGGAUUUGUUAUACACAUUUGAAGAUAUUGGAUUAUGUAUAGUGUUAAAAAAACUUAUUUAUUGUUUUGAUCUGGAUAUAAUUUUUUUCUGUUUAGGUUGAAAUAAAACCUGUAUGUGAAAAAAC